AUGGGCUGGUUUCGCCGCCUUGGAGAGAGGAUGCUUCGGUCAAUUGCUCGUGCGCGCCGGGCGUUCUCGACGUCGUACCUGGAGCGACCAACGAGCUACCCGGUCGAGAAGAUCAAGGUCGUGCUCCUCGAAAACAUCCACCCGCGCGCGAUCGAGAUCUUUGAGAACGAGGGCUACAGCAUCGAGACGUACAAGGGCGCGCUGGGCGGCCAAGAGCUCAUCGACAUUGCCGCCAACGCCAACAUCCUCGGCAUCCGCUCCAAGACGCAGCUCGACCGCGCCUUCUUCGACUCGAUCGGGUGGCACGAGCACCGCCUCUGGACGAUCGGCUGCUUCUGCAUCGGCACCAACCAGGUCGACCUCGCGGGCGCUGCGCAGUACGGCGUCCCCGUCUUCAACGCGCCCUUCUCCAACACACGCUCUGUCGCGGAGAAGACGAUCGGCGAGGUGCUCUGCCUUCACCGCAAGCUCUUUGAACGCUCGACCGACAUGCACGCCGGCAUCUGGAAAAAGUCGGCGACCGGCGCCCACGAGGUGCGUGGCACGACGCUUGGCAUCGUUGGCUACGGCCGCAUCGGGUCCCAAGUCUCGGUCCUGGCAGAGCUCCUCGGCAUGAAGGUCGUCUUCUACGAUCCGCUCAAGUGCCUCCCGCUCGGCAACGCAACACAGCUCGACUCGCUCCAAGACGUGCUCGCGGCCGCCGACUGCGUCACGCUCCACGUGCCGGCGACGAGCUCGACCAAGAACAUGAUCAACGAAGAGACGCUGCGCUGCAUGAAGGACGGUGCGCUCCUCAUUAACAACGCCCGUGGUGCUGUCAUGGACCUCGACGCAGUCGCGGCCGCGCUCAAGUCGGGCAAGCUCGGCGGCGCGGCCGUCGAUGUGUUUCCGUGGGAACCGGCCAAGAAUGGCGAGCCCUUCUCGACGCCGCUCCAGGGCAUUCCGAACGUGAUUUUGACGCCGCACAUUGGCGGCAGCACGGAAGAGGCCCAGGGCAACAUCGCGGUCGAGGUCGCGACCAAGCUCGUGCGCUUCAUCAACGAAGGCUCGAGCAUCACGGCGACCAACAUCCCGGAGGUCGACCUCGGCCUCACGUCGGCGGGCAACAUUCGGAUCCUCCACAUGCACCACAACGUGCCCGGCGUCCUCAGCAAGAUCCACGCCGUCCUCUCCGACUACGGCAUCAACGUGAGCGCGCAGUUCCUCCAGUCGAACGCCCGCCACUCGUACAUUAUCCUCGAGGUCGAACCCUUCCACGCCAAGCUCGUGACGCGCGAGCUCAAGAAGAUCAAGGAAACCAUCUUCCUCCGUACGCUGCUAUAA